CGCCACAACCAGCAUUCAGAACGACGUCUGCGUCGUCGGGGCUAUUCGAGCACUCAUUAUCGUGGUGAUUGUGCUCGAUUUGAUGCUAAACUUGUACUUGACGAUAUUCUUCCUGUCUUGCCUGAGUCGAUCCUUCCGAUUAUCGUCAGGCAGCAGUGGAAUCAGUUGGUUCCGGAGAUCCAGACCGAGCGAGACCCACGAAAGACGUCUUAGUGCAGAGCUCCGAGCCCUUACAAGGAGGACGGUGGCUGGCCUCGUCAUCAAUUUGACUGGAACCGCCAUCAACCUGGUUUCGAUGAUCGUCUUGAACGGAGAGGCAAUGUGGUUCUGCUGGAUCACCUGUAAAGCCGACAUAAUGGUCAAUGUCAUCGUGCUGUUCUGGAUGACAUCGCCCAGAGGUGAGCGAGGCAGCGAGACAGCUACGACCAAGACGACUACGAUGUCAAGACGAAACGGCAGCCACGACUCAUCGGCCGACAACGGCACGACAAUAACAAUGGUCGAGUUGACCGACAUGCUGGCCGGACCCGCGGAGGGGAAACCGUCGCCAAUCCACACGACGAGGGAACGAAGGGCCGACGACAGUCCCUGAAAGAAAAUCGUACGAGCGAGCAGCAAAUCGAGAAUCCUGCAGAGCAGACCCGUUUGCGGAUGGAAUCGCGCUGGACAAGGCUUGCAAUGCUGCAGCAGCCAAAUAAGAACUGAUGUAGGAAAGAAUGCAUCUAGCGUGUGCUUCAGCGGAUAGGGGACGCAUCAUAGUGAGAAUUAAGAAAUUUGAGGCUCGAGGCAUGGUCGCACCUUGCUUGCGGUAUAUAAGUAUUACAAAAGCAUAAAAUUGCCUCCUAGUUCGUAUAUAGUCGGUGUGCUGGAUCCUGGCAGGACAGUUAAAAGGGCAG